UGCAUCUUCUAACUUCACGUCAGUGCUCCUAAUUUUUGUACUUACUGUCAGCCUUAUUGUCAAAGUUAAUGAAUAGAAUAUCGAGAUGGGUAUCGAUUAUUACGGGAUUCUACAAAUACCUCGUACAAGCACAAGUCUGGAUAUAAAAAAAGCGUAUAGGGGAUUAGCCCUAGAGUUUCACCCUGAACGUCUUAAACAACCAAACGCCAAAGAGGUUUUCAGUUUGAUUUGUGAAGCGUAUGACGUCUUGGGUGACCCAUAUCGACGUGCUAUAUUUGAUCAGUAUGGCGAAGAAGGGUUGAAGUCAGGGGUUCCCACAAAAGAUGAAUUUAUCCACCCUUAUCAUUAUCAUGGUGAUCCCCUUCUGACGUAUCGAGAGUUCUUCGGCACUGAUUCGCCCUACGCUGACCUGCUGGACUAUUUGAAAAAUCCUCCGGCUAUAUACGAGACAACCGAGAACAAGGCGGUGAAAGAGAAGAAGCCUCCCAUAAAACACCCAUUGGUUCUGAGCCUGCACGAGAUAUUUUUCGGUGGCGUGAAGAAAAUGAAAAUUCAUAGGUUGACCUUUGUUGAUGAAAAGCGAACCAGAACGGAGGUGACUGAGAAAAUACUAUCGAUUCCUAUCAAGCCUGGCAUGAGACCUGGUACAGAGAUUGUGUUUUUCGAGGAGGGAGACCAGCAUCCCGCUUAUGAACCGGCCGAUGUGAUCUUCAUAACAGAAGACAAGGAACAUGAAACCUUCAUUCGGGACGACAACGACUUGAUAAUGGUAGUCGAGAUCACAUUAGAGGAAGCUUUAUUGGGGACAAUUGUAACCGUCAAUACCAUUGAUCAUAGAACAAUGAGAAUACCGAUAACGGAUGUGAUUGACAACGAUUACGAAAAAAUAAUCGAAGGGGAAGGAAUGCCCAUAUUGGAGAAGUACCCAGAAAAAGGAAAUUUGAGAAUAAGAUUUAAGAUUUGCUUUCCGACUUACCUUCCGAAAGCAAGCAGAGAAUUAUUGUCGAAAGGUUUUCAUUUAGCGAAAUUGGGAGGAGGCUGUAGGCAACAUGAAACCAUCAACAAGUUGAUAUUAGCCGAUAAAAUUUUGAGAGUUGGACCCGACGAGAGGUUUCCUCCAAUUUCACAAAUAUGAAUGAUUGACAAUUACCUAUUAUAGAUUAUUAUAUAGAGAAAUAAACUAAUUUUAUAUUGCAACUUA